GCUACUUGAGUUUCCAGUCAUCUUUUAUCACCCAUAGUCCCUUCUCGCUUCUAUAAAUACCAACUCUGAUGUCCCAUUUUUUCAUUGUCGCAGUGUCUUGGUGGUCUGAGUUUCGACAAGGCAGAUAUUUUUCGGUGCCUGCGUUUUCUUUAACUGAGCUCUAUAAAAUGGAGACCUUCCUCUUUACCUCUGAGUCUGUUAAUGAGGGGCAUCCUGACAAGCUUUGUGAUCAGAUCUCUGAUGCAGUGCUUGAUGCCUGCCUAGCCCAAGAUCCUGACAGCAAGGUUGCAUGUGAGACAUGUAUUACAACCGAUUUGGUCAUGGUUUUCGGGGAGAUCACAACUAAAGCUCAUGUAGAUUACGAGAAGGUUGUCCGUGAGACAUGCCUUAAUGUUGGAUUUGUUUCUAAUGAAAUAGGCCUUGAUGCCAACACCUGCGAGGUACUUGUGAAGAUUGAGCAACAAAACCCUCAAAUUGCGAAUGCUGUCCAUGGAAAUCUUAAAAGAUGUCCUGAGGAAAUUGGUGCAGGGGAUCAGGGCCAUAUGUUUGGUUAUGCCACUGAUGAGACCCCUGAACUUAUGCCUCUUAGCCAUGUUCUUGCAACCAAAUUAGGAGCUCGUCUCACUGAUGUACGCAAGAAUGGCACGUGUGCCUGGAUGAGGCCUGAUGGAAAGACUCAAGUGACUGUUGAAUACCUUAAUGAAAAUGGUGCCAUGGUUCCAAUCCGCAUUCACACAGUCCUCAUUUCCAGCCAGCAUGAUGAGACAGUUAACAAUGAUAAGAUUGCUACUGACCUCAUAGAGCAUGUCAUUAGGCCUGUGAUUCCAGACAAAUACCUUGAUCAAAACACCAUCUUUCACCUCAAUCCAUCAGGCCGUUUUGUCCAGGGCGGUCCAUGUGGUGAUGCUGGCCUCACUGGUCGUAAAAUCAUUGUUGACACUUAUGGAGGCUGGGGCGCCCACGGUGGCGGUGCUUUCUCUGGCAAGGAUCCCACUAAGGUGGACAGAAGUGGUGCAUAUAUCAUUAGACAAGCUGCCAAGAGCAUUGUGGCCAGUGGACUUGCUCGCAGGUGCAUCGUGCAGGUCUCUUAUGCUAUCGGUGUUCCUGAGCCUCUAUCAGUCUUUGUUGACACUUAUGGGACUGGAAAAAUCCCUGACAGGGAAAUCCUCAAGAUAGUGAAGGAAACAUUUGACUUCAGGCCGGGGAUGAUUAUCAAAAAUUUGGACUUGAAGAGAGGUGGCAAUGGCAGGUUCUUGAAGACUGCAGCUCAUGGACAUUUUGGAAGAGAUGAUCCGGACUUCACCUGGGAGAUUGUGAAGCCCCUCAAUUAGAAGAAGGAGAAUGAGCCUUAAAUCAUCUCUUAGUGCAGCCUAUUUGCUUCUUUACCAUAUGAAUAAAACUAAACGGAUACGGAAUAUGCCGAGAA